CAUCCGGGCUGUUGGAAGGCUCCUGGGCGUGACUCCCUCUCCCCUCCAGAACCUUCCCACCCCUGGGGCCAAAAGGUCCCAGCAGCUCUCAAACUUCCAUCACUCGAAUUGAUUUGUGUUCCUGGGUUGAGAUUUAGGUUCUAGCCACCCUCAACUCCAGAGAAAGUAUAGUAAUAGUUGGAAAUCAGAAAGAUCUGUGCAUAAUGAGUCUAAACGUAGCUCAUUAACUGUGUGACCUUGGGCAAAUUGCUGAGUCUCAGUCUCCUCCUCAGCUUCCUCCCUCCACUGGGGGAUGAUCAUAGCACCUCCCUUGUCAGCCUAUGGCGUGCUUUGCUCACGGAGGAGAGGUUGGGAGUCAGCAGCCAGAGGACCGAGGAGCUGGGAGGAGCUGGCUGGGGAAGUGGGUCUGGGAGCAGCACAGGGUGAGGAGGUCAUGGCUGCUGGGUCUCACCUCUCGCCAGCCUCCCUCUUCCUCCUCACUGCUGACUUUCUCCCUGAACCCGGGCUGCCGGGGCAUUUCCAGCCGAGCACUGACGAAGUGCAGGAAGGAGUCACUCCCAGGGGUCUCCCAGCAUCCCGGGUGGGACAGAGUCCACUCCAGGGAGGACAAAGAGGGGUGUCCCAAGCCACCAGGCCAGGCUGGGGAGGGACUGGUGCAGGGCAUGAUGCAUCUUGAGAGUCAGCCUUGUCCCAUCUGAGGCUGUGGUGGGUGCCCUCAGCCCUCCCAAGCUCUGGCCACACACGUCUUGACUCUCUUGUUUUCCCCGCUAGUGAUUCCCAGUUCCAGGGCUGUGAGCCGCAGCUCCCUGCCCCAAGUGUCAGGAGCGCCCCCCUCCCUAGCCCAGGCCCGGGGAAAGGCGGCCAUUACAUCUGGAAUUCCCAGAAGUCGUUGCUCUUUGCCAGCCCCUAGGGAGUAGGGAGCUCCUUGCUGGGGAGCAGUUGGCCCCCAGAGGCAAAGGCUGCCACCUUUUAACAAUCCAAGGGGAGGAUCCUGGGGAGAGAGUCAGCUGCCUGGGGCCAGGACUGCUGGGUCCUGCACACUCCAGCUGCUCUGCCCCCUUCCUAGCUGCCCUCCUCGGCUCUUCUCUGGAGAAGCACUAGGAUCUCGGGUGGCUGUUCCUCCAUCCUUCCCACCCCCAAAAUCCUAGGCCAGCCUGAGCUGGCUUGUUCUGCCCCAACUUUACAGGCCCUGGCUUGUUCCUGUUUGUGUCGGGGAGACAGAAACACCAAGAACUGGAUCUGGGAAGCCUCAUCCCACAGGAAGCAGAGAGACAGCAGGGGAGACAGGGUGAGUGGGGCAGGAAAGUGCUGUUAAGGGCAUGGGAUAAGUCCAGGCCGACCAGAGUGACAACUGCACCCCUGUCUCAAAGCUUCAACCCUGUGCCGGGCCAGCUAGGACCUCCUGCUACCUUUUGGAUGAAGGGGAACAUCCCAUACCCUUUACCCCUGGCUGAGAGGACCAGUAAUCCAGCCCUGCUUGGCACUGGGAUGCCAGGGCCAGCCUGCCAGGAGGUCCAGGAAAGUGCCUGGUUCUUUGCCCGAUGCUGGAACUCAGGACCCUGGCAGGAAGGUUUUAGGAUAGAAGAGUCCCUCCCUCUCUCCCAAGCCCAGAGCCAGCCAAAUGGACAUCUAUUCUACAAUGUGGCCUUUUCUUCCCAGGGGCUCCCGUUUCCCUCCUGCUCUGUGUUGUCCCUGGACACCCACUAAUACAUCCAUCCAGACAGGUGUGUACACCCUCAUGGCCCACGUUUGCACAAAUGCACAUGCAGAGUGUCAAUCCACACAUGACCAGCCCCUCCCCUGCUCUCCCAUGGCCUGGUCAGGGGGACCUAGGCCUUCCCCCAUUCCCUGGCCACCUUCCCCAUAGUAUAGGCAGCAGGGGGAGUGGGCGACUUGGCUGUCCUGAGCCACCCUGCCCCUCUGCUGCCUGGUGAUUAUCUUCCUCCAGUGUGGGGGCUGCCCAAGGCCAGGCUUCAGGCUGUGGGAGAGCAGGGAGGGGCCGGAAGAGCGCUGCCUGGGACAGCUGUAGGCCAGGCCAGUUCACAUUUGGAAGCCAGCACUCCCAGACCUGCCCCUUGCUCUCUCCUCUGCCUCCUGGCUGGCUCUCUCCAGAAGGAAUCAGUAAGGUGCCCUGAGACCUCAGGGUAGCGGGGGGGAACCCCAGGGGUUCUCUAGGGAGAGGAUGUGGGUUUGUCUGUGGGGGUGGUUGCUGGGGAGGAGAUACAGCCCUUGUGGUACCUUUUCUUUUGCUGAAUGGAGACGUUUGGGCUGGGGAGGCUGCUGCUUAUUUAUUUUAUUUUAUUUUUUUGAAACGGAGUCUCACUCUGUCACCAGGCUGGAGUGCAGUGGUGCCAUCUCAACUCACUGCAACCUCUAACUCCCUGGUUCCAGUGAUUCUCCUGCCUCAGCCUCCCGAGUAACUGGGAUUACAGGCAUGUGCCGCCACACCCAGCUAAUUUUUUGUAUUUUUAGUAGAGACGAGGUUUCACCAUUUUGGCCAGGAUGGUCUUGAUCUCCUGACCUCGUGAUCCGCCCACCUUAGCCUCCCAAAGUCCUGAGAUUACAGGCAUGAGCCACCAUGCCCAGCUUAUUUAUCAGAACCUCUAGGGGCCCUGUCUCCCGGUCCCCUAGGCUGCGCUGGGGGCUGGCAGCUGUGCAUCUUAGGGCCAGGUGCCUCCUCAAGGCUCCGUCCAAAGGACUAGCUAUGGAGUCUGUGCUGGGCCCCGCAGACCUCUUUUUUGUGGGGACCCUUGAGCAGGUUCUGACACACUCUGCCUUUACCUAGGCAUGUGUCCUGUGUGUCUCUUCUCCUUAGAUUCCGAAUUAGGGCGCCUCCACCCCGCCUCUCCCCUUUUUGGUUGCUGAUCAAGGCUACCAGAAAGAACAGAGUGAGAUGUCCCCAGGUGAGGUGGGAUGAGGGUGGGAUGAGAAGGUACGAUGUUUCCGCCACCUCUUGGCCAGACUGGGACCUCUUCCCUUUCACAUCAGUUUCCCUGGUUGCAACCUUCCCCCGCCCGCCGCCCCCGCCUUUCAAAAGAGCACAUAUACGCAGGCGCACACACGGCCUGGAAAAUCUCCUGAGUCUGCAGUGCUGAGUUUCCAGGCCCCCAUCCAGGGGCCGGGUGGGCGGCUCUGAGGUUUGGGGCUAGCUGGAGCGGGGGAGGAGCAAGCAGCCCCUGGCUGUGGCCUGAGCAGGGAGCUGGGCUGAGCUGGUCUUGGAGGCAGGCUUGUCCUCCCUGCUGGGGCAGGCCCAGGAGAAUCCAGCUACCACAGAGGCUGCGUUGGUGUUCAGACUUCUAUACCUGUGUGUUUUCCACACAUCCCCUCUCCCCACUACCUGAGUUUGUUCUGAGUCCUGGGCUUCACUCCCAGGGCCCAAAGCCUUUUCUUCCAUUCUCCCUCCUCAUCCUCAGCUGUCUGUAGGUGGGAGCACCUGGGUGAGCAGCUCGGGGUGACUCGCGGGCUCUAGUCAGGAGUAAAGCAAAGCCCCAAGUUCAUUAUCUUUGAGGCCAGGCCUCAGGCAGGCUUGCCUGGGUUCCAGCAGUGCCCAAAGCCAGAUGGGGGUUGGGAGGGGGCAGGGGAACCAGGAUGGACGCUGCUGAUUCAGCGAAAAGAAGUGGGGGAAGGCAAGCAAACGUCCCAGGUACUUGAAUUGCUCCUCAGAGGAUUCCCAGCUGAGAGGACCCCAAUUUGGGAGGUUUGGAGCAGGGUCCGCCAUCUCUGUUCUAUGGAGUCCGAGGUCCCAGGUUCAAGCCCAGCUUUUCUGUUCACACACUUGGGCUCUUCCCCUCUCUGGUUAUCAGCUUCCUCAUCUGGCAGUGAUGAGGUGGGACCAGAGGAGGCCCAAGGGCCAGGUGGGCUCUAGAUCUACAAUUGCUGUGACUCAGCAGCCAAAGGAUGUGCUUCUGUCCACAAGAGCGUGGUACCACAUGGAUAUACAAAAGGAGACACACACUCAGCUGGCCAUCCACCUAGGACACAGGAACACACAUCCACAUGGUGUCACCAAGACCACACGCACCCCCACAGAAACACUAUCUAUCUCGCACUCGGUGAUGGAGUCAACAGACACUGUGCCCCUCCUCCAGAGCCAAGGAGUGGGACAGCCAGCUGCAAAUGUGUCCAUUUGCAGAGCCACCUCUCCUCUUGGUCUUCCCCAAGAGCACAGGACACUUUCCUCCCUGGAGACCUGAGGGCUGGGAGUGGGCUACAGGUAGGGGAGGCAUUAAGGAAGGAGACCACUACUACUUCUGCUGCCCUCCCUCCUCCCCCUCACCUUGCCUAGUUCACAAGACAGGAGGAAAGAGAGAAAGCAAAAAGUUGGAAAGAAACAGAAGUUAAGUAGCCAGACAACCUUAGCACCACCACCCGGCCCUAGGAGUUAAAAAAGUAAUAAUAAUAAUAUCAACCCCUGACCUAAACUACUUGUGUUAUCUGUGAAUUCCAGACAUUGUAUGAAAAAGCAUUGCAAAACUUUCUGUUCCGUUAGCUGAUGCAUGUAGCCCCCAGUCACAUUCCCCACGCUUGCUCAAUUUAUCACGACCCUUUCACGUGGACCCCUUAGAGUUGUAAGCCUUUAAAAAGGCCAAGAAUUUCUUUUUCAGGGAGCUCGGCUCUUAAGACGCAAGUCGGCUGACGCUCCCGGCUGAAUAAACCUCUUCCUUCUUUUUUUUUUGUUUUGAGACAGUCUCACUCUAUCACCCAGGCUGGAGUGCAGUGGCACGAUCUCGGCUCACUGCAAGCUCCGCCUCCCGGGUUCACGCCAUUCUCCUGCCUCAGCCUCCCUAGCAGCUGGGAUUACAGGCACCUACCACCAUGCCUGGCUAAUUUUUGUAUUUUUAGUAGAGACGGGGUUUCACCAUAAUAGCCAGGAUGGUCUCGGUCUCCUGACCUCGUGACCCGCCCGCCUCAGGCUCCCAAAGUGCUGGGAUUACAGGCGUGAGCCACUGUGCCCGGCCUCUUCCUUCUUUAAUCUGGUGUCUGAGGAGUUUUGUCUGUGGCUCGUCCUGCUACAGCAUCAGGAAGAGGUGGGCUUGUCUGCAGCCUGAGAGUCACAAUCCCUUUCCACCUUCUGGGCCUGGAGCCAGCCUCCGCCUCUCUCCUUUCAAGAGCCUUGCCAAGGCUGGAGAGAGCGGGGGUCAGGCUCUGGGGCUAAGAGGCAGCCCCUUGCUUUUGCUGCCUGCUGCCUGCUGCCUGCUUGUGCUUGAAACUCUGCCCUUCCCACCCAUGCCCGCCCUCCUUGCCUGCCAGCAAGCAAGGCAAGGUGGGCCAGGGGACUGGCUCCUCCCCUUGCUGCCUCCCAACUUUACUCUGCAGCUAUCAGGAUGAGGCUCCCAAUCCUGUUCACUGCCCUGCUCUGGUUCCGGGGUUUUCUGGCAGAGGAGGAAGCAUGCCCCUCCCUGGAAGGGAGUCCAGGCAGGGAGAGUGCAGCCCCGUCAACUGUCCAUGGACUGCAGCUCCAUUCCGGGAGCCCAUCCAGCCUGGAGGCCUCAUGGGGUGAUGCCCCCGGGGAGCAGGAUGGCUACUGCCUUCUCCUCUACCACCUAGAAUCCCAGACAUUGGCACAUAAUAUCUCCAUGCCCCUGGGCACCCUGUCCUACAAUUUUGGCAACCUCUUGCCAGGUAUUGAGUAUAUUUUGGAAGUUAACACCUGGGCUGGCAACCUCCAAGCAACAACCAGCCUCCAUCAGUGGACAGCCCCUGUGUCUCCAGAUCACCUGGUACUGCAUACCCUGGGCACCAGUGCCUUGCAAGCCUCCUGGAAUGGCUCCAAGGGGGCUGCCUGGCUCCACUUGGUGCUCACAGACCUCCUAGGUGGCACCAAUCUGACUGCAGUAUUCAGACGGGGAGUCUCCCAUCACACCUCCCUUCACCUGUCUCAGGGCCCCCGUGAGCUGACGCUCAGUGCUGCUGCGAGGCCCCAUCGGGCAGUGGGGCCCAAUGCCACAGAGUGGACCUAUCCCUCUGCCCACCCUCGACCUGGUUUGACUCCCCUGCCCGCCAAGCUCUGGGCAAGCUGGAAGGUAGGGCCAGGUGUGCAGGAUGGCUUCCUGCUGAAGUUAAGUGGGCCAGUGGAGAAGAAUAUCACUCUAGGCCCUGAGGCCCACAAUGUCACAUUCCCAGGGCCCCUGCCCACUGGGCACUAUGCUCUGGAGCUGAAGGUCCUAGCGGGGCCAUAUGACGCCUGGGCCCAGGCCAGUGCCUGGCUGGACGAUUCCGCAGCCAAGUCCAGACAAGGCAGUGGUGCCAAGCGGCAGCUGGAUGGGCUCGAGGCCUCCAAGGAGCCCAGGAGACGGGCCCUGCUCUACACAGAGGGAAACCUGGGCCUCCUUGGAAACAUCUCUGUGCCACCUGGUGCCACCCACAUCACCUUCUAUGGGCCAGUGCCUGGGGCCCGCUACUGUGUGGACAUUGCCUCAUCUCUGGGAAUCAUCACUUAGAGCCUCAUGGGCCACAAAAGUCCCCUGGCACCACAGUCCCUGGAGGUUAUCAGCAGGGGUGGCCCCUCUGACCUGGCCAUUGUCUGGGCCCCAGCACCAGGACAGCGGGAAGGCUACAGGGUCGCUUGGCACCAGGAGGGCAGCCAGAGGUCACCGGGCAGUCUUGUUGACUUGGGCCCCGACAAUUCCAGCCUGACCCUGAGGAGUCUGGUGCCUGGCUCCUCCUAUGCCAUGUCAGUGUGGGCCUGGGCAGAGAACCUUGGCUCUAGCAUCCAGAAGAUCCACCCCUGUACUUUCCCUGCUCCUCCUGCCAACUUGAGCCUGAACCUUGCCACCCAGCCUCCUGCCCUGAAGGCUUCCUGGAGUCCCCCACCAGUGGGGAGGGAUGGCUUCCAGGUGCAGCUUUAUAGCCUGAGGCCUCUGACUCUGGAAAGGGUGGACACUCUGGCCGCAGAGGUCCAGAACUUCUCCUGGGCCUGGCUGUCCCCGGGCACUGAGUUCCUGGUGCAGCUGACCACCCUGCGGGGGCUGGAUCAGAGCAGCAGCACCAACGCCACAGGCUGGACACAUGAGUGCCCGCUUGCCCCUCCUCUGGUAAAUGUGACGAGUGAAGAUCCCACCCAGCUCUGGGCAUCCUGGGUCCAUGCCCCCAGGGGCCGAGACAGCUACCCGGUGACCCUGUACCGGGCAGGCACCAGCGCCGUCGGAGCCAAGGUGGCCAGCACAAGCUUUUCGAGUCUGACUCCAGGCACGAAGUACGAGGUGGAGGUUGUCACGCAGGCUGGGCCCCACCACAUUGCAGCAGCCAACACCUCUGGCUGGACCCCCCUGCACACACCCAGUGAGUUGGUGUCCAUGCAUGCGAGCACCGCUGUGGUCAACCUGGCCUGGGCCAGCAGCCCCUUGGGGCAGGGGAUGUGCUACACCCAACUCUCAGAGGCGGGGCACCUCUCCUGGGAGCACCCUCUGGUGCCAGGCCAAGCCCACCUCAUCCUGAGGGGCCUCACACCUGGAUGCAACCUCUCCCUGUCAGUGCUGUGCCAGGCAGGGCCGCUGCAGGCGUCCACUCAGCGCGUGGUACUGCUUGUUGAGUCUGGCCCUGUGGAGGAUGUGCAGUGCCAGCCUGAGGCCACCUUCCUGGCCCUGAACUGGACAGGGCCCGCCAGGGAUGUGGGCACCUGUCUGGUGGUGGCAGAGCAGCUGGUGGCAGGAGGGAAUGCUCACCUUGUGUUCCAGGCCGACACCUCCAAAAAUGCAGUCCUGUUGCCCAACCUGGUGCCUGUCACUUCCUAUCGCCUCAGCCUCGCCGUGCUGGGCAGGAACGGUCUGUGGAGUCGGUUGGUCACUCUGGCAUGUUCCACAUCUGCCGAGGCCUGGCAUCCCCCAGCAUUAGCCCCGGCCCCUGAGCUGGAGACUGGGACAGAAAUGGGAGUGAUGAUCCCGCGGGGUAUGUUUGGCAAGGAUGAUGGGCAGAUCCAGUGGUACGGCAUCAUUGCCACCACCAACAUGUCACUGCCUCAGCCUUCCUGGGAAGCCAUCAACCACAUGUGGCAUGACCACUACUACAGAGGACAUGACUCCUACCUGGCCAUCCUGCUCCCCAACCCCUUCUACCCAGAUCCCUGGGCUGUGCCGAGAUCCUGGACAGUGCCUGUGGGUACAGAGGACUGUGGCCACACCAAAGAGAUAUGCAACGGGCAGCUCAAGCUAGGUUCCCAGUAUAGGUUCAGCGUUGCAGCCUUUACCAGGUACAGCCCUCCUGAGACCAUUAACUCCUCAGCCUUCUCGGAGCCCCGGGCCGGUGUCUCCCCGGCAUCAGUGCCCCUGCCGGGAGUGGAGGGCCUCGUGGUGGGCUGUGUCCUCACCAUCUGUGCUGUGCUGGGCCUGCUGUGCUGGAGGCGGGUGAAGGGGCAGAGGGCAGGGAAGAAUCCAUUUUCCCAAGAGCUGACAGUUUAUAACCUGUGGACCCACCGGCCCAUCCCUAUCCACAGCUUCAGGCAGAGCUAUGAGGCCAAGAGUGCUCACGCGCACCGGGCUUUCUUUUUGCAAUUCGAGGAGCUGAAGGAGGUGGGCAAGGAGCAGCCCAGACUGGAGGCUGAGUAUGCUGCCAACACCACCAAGAACCAUUACCCACACGUGCUACCCUACGACCACUCCAGUGUCAGGCUGACCCAGCUGGAGGGAGAGCCUCAUUCUGACGACAUCAACGCCAACUUCAUCCCAGGCUACACCCACACCCACCCACAGGAAUUCAUUGCCUCUCAGGCGCCUCUCAAGAAAACGCUGGAGAACUUCUGGCGGCUGGUGCGGGAGUAGCAGGUCCGCAUCAUCAUCAUGCUGACCGUCGGCAUGGAGAACAGGAGGGUGCUGUGUGAGCAUUACUGGCUGACCGACUCUACCCCGGUCACCCAUGAUCACAUCACCAUCCACCUCCUAGCCGAGGAGGCUGAGGAUGAGUGGACCAAGCGGGAAUUCCAGCUGCAGCACGUUGUCCAGCAACAGCAGCGGAGGGUGGAGUAACUGCAAUUCACCACCUGACCCGACCACAGCAUCCUCAAGGCCCCCAGCUCCCUGCUUACCUUUAUGGAGCUGGUACAGGAACAGGCAAGGGCCACCCAGGGCAUGGGACCCAUCCUGCUCCUCAGGGGCUGUCCCUGCAGUGUGGGCAUGGGCCAGACAGGCACCUUCGUGGCCCUGUUGAGGCUGCUGCAGCAGCUGGAGGAGGAGCAGAUGGUAGACGUGUUCCAUGCUGUGUAUGCAUUCUAGAUGCACGGGCCCCUCAUGAUCCAGACCCUGAGCCAGUACGUCUUCCUGCACAGCUGCCUACUGAACAAGAUUCUGGAAGGGCCCUUCAACAUCUCUGAGUCUUGGCCCAUCUCUGUGAUGAACUUCGCACAGGCGUGUGCCAAGAGGGCAGCCAAUGCCAACGCUGGCUUCUUGAAGGAGUACGAGCUCUUGCUGCAGGCCAUCAAGGACGAGACUGGCUCUUCCGCACCCCUGCCUGGCUAUGAGCAGGACAGCCCCUUCUCCUGUGAGUCUCACUGUGGACCCUGUGGAGGGGCAGGGGGCCAGCAUGGGCUGGGGGCCUCUGGCAGCUUCACCCUCACUGUCUUCCCUCAGAUGACUGUUCUCAGGGGCAGUUUUCUCCAGUGUAGGAGAGCACCCCUGACGACAUGCCCGAAGCCUGGCUCUUCCCUGUGAGAUGAUGCUGGUUUUGCCACUGUUUCCUGCCCUCUCUGACCACCUGUACUUCCCGGGCUGGGGCUGCUGGGGGCUCCCAGAGUUGUGGGCUGGGCAGGGGACACCCUCAGUCUCUGGAAGCCAAUGAGCUGUGCUCUGCAGGGUGGGCCCUCUGGCUGUGAUCAUAUGGUGCUGACUGGCCUCGCACGGCCAGAGGAGCUCUGGGAGCUGGUGUGGCAGCACGGGGCUCAUGUGCUUGUCUCUCUGUGCCCACUCGAUGCCAUGGAGAAGGUGAGAGUGCAGAGGACAGAGGAAGGGAGGCUCAGGAGUUAGGGCUGAGGAUGGAGGCAGGUAGUUUGUGGUGCUGUCUAACCAGGGCAGGGGCAGAGAUCUCAGGAAGUUGCCUGAGCAGCCCUAACUUGGUCCCAGCCACAGGAAUUCUGGCCAAUGGAGAUGCAGCCCAUAGUCACAGACAUGGUGACGGUGCACUGGGUGGCCGAGAGCAGCACAGUGGGCUGGCUCUGUGCCCUCUUCAGGGUCACACAUGUAGGUGUUGGGGCCACAGGGCAUGGGGUGGUGUGUGGGAGAAGAGUCCUGUGUGGGCUCCCUCUGCCCUCUCCAGCACCAAUGCCGAUCAUGUCUUUGCCCGAGGGGGAGAGCAGGAAGGAAAGAGAGGUGCAGAGACUGCAGUUUCCAUACCUGGAGCCUGGGCAUGAGCUGCCCGCCACCACCCUGCUGCCCUUCCUGGCUGCUGUGGGCCAGUGCUGCUCUCGGGGCAACAGCAAGAAGCCGGGCACACUGCUCAGCCACUCCAGGUGUUGCUGGACAACGGUCUUGGGGGAGUGGACACUGGAAGCCCCUCCCUGCCCCUCUGGCAUAGCCUCAGAUCUCCCUGGGCCCUGCUUGGGUUAUGGGCCAAAAGGACACAGUCUCACAAUGCCCCUGUCUUCUCCACACCCUACCCUGUCCUCAGGAAUAUGGUGGGAAUUUACCGCCUCCCUCCCUGGGCCCAGGCUGGCUGGCUGACCAAGUGUUCAGUGUCCCUUCUCAGUCCCUGCACCCAGGUUGGGUUUUCGCAGAUCCCCGGACACCCCCGCCACAUCCCCGGACACCCCUGCCACACCCCCUUUAGGUACCUCAUCCAACUCUAGGUCAGUUGCAGCAAGGGUGCGACCCAGCUGGGCACCUUCCUGGCCAUGGAGCAGCUGCUGCAGCAGGCAGGGUCUGAGUGCACCGUGGAAGUCUUUAACGUGGCCCUGCAGCAGUCUCAGGCCUGUGACCUUAUGACCCCAACGCUGAAGCAGUAUAUCUACCUCUACAAUUGUCUGAACAGCGCACUGGCAGACGGGCUGCCCCUGAGUCGGCACUGGUCACUGUGCAGGAGAGGUUUGUGCCCUGUGGGAUGGGGACAGCAUUCCUGACACAUCCGCGUGGGCCUGGGCUCCCCAGAAGGGCGGCCUCCACUGGGCCCUGUGCUGCGAAGGUAAAGGGUCUUGGAAUAAAGACCUGUGGCCAAGCGUGAA